CGUUUUUGUCUAGAUAUCUUCUUCCACCCAACGCCCUCUACUAGCUGUCAUUCUUGCGGUUCACAACGAUCCCCGCUCCCGAUUAUAGAGUCUUCUACGCCCGAGCCGCUGCGAUGGCCGCUGCGUCAACGAGUUGGUAUUCGAGGCAGACUACCUUGGGCGAACCACGACAAUCUUCAACCGGGCAGAAGAACGGUCUACAGCCGCUGGUAGCCGACCUUGACGCAGAAACCGAUAACAUCAUGGAAAGCCCUUUGUUGAAGCUCCCUCCCGAACUGGUUCAACAAAUCUUGUCUUAUCUCUCAGCCCAAGAGCUUGCCCGUGUAGCCGUCACAUGUCGUUCUUUCGCUGACCACGUCGACAACGAGUUGUUGUGGUUGAACCUGAUCAACUCUUAUUUGCCCGAGCCCAUCCAUGAUCCUGGCCUUUUCGACUCCUUUCGUAGCCUUUACAUUGCCCAUCAUCCAUGCUGGUUCAUUCCUAAGCAUAAAAUUUGGUUUUCCGACACAGAGCAUACAGGGAAUCUGAUUCUGGCGCGGUAUGAUCACCGGCGAGGAGUCAUCGAGGCAUAUCGGGUAAUUGCAGAGCGGCGCUCUCACCAGUUUCAGAUAUGGGACUGGAACCCCGAUGUUAUUAUCCAGAGCUUCGACCCGAAGGUCAUUCUGUGGUUGGAUGACCCCGUUCUCUUGUUAAAAAACCACCGCGAGGGGCGGCCACGCUAUUUGCAUGGAGAGAUCCGCAUGCCUAUGCCGCUUGAGAUACAGCAUGUCUUCAAUGCAUUUUCACUCUGCUCAAAAUAUCUGCCCCCCAACCUCGAUGCCAGCAAGCAAUGGCCACCGCCAAUCAUCCCGAGCACUCAUCGAGUCUAUCGGGAUGUCGAACUACAAUUACCCGACUGGGAGCGCAAUCCCCGACAGUUGGAAGAGGUGUCAGAGUAUGGAUUCCGAAUCCGAAGAUGGGCGCACUUCCGCUUGGGAAUGCCCAUAUUCACGGCUGGUCGAAAUGAAACCCUCUCAACCUUUGCGACACUCGACCCUGAAGUGUACACCCCAACCCAGCGCAAGCCAUAUCAAGGCAUUUGGGUGGGCGAUUAUUCGGCGCACGGGUGCGAAUUUUUGCUCAUUCUGCAACGCGACCGUUGCGAUGGACCUGUCUCUGUGGCCGAGCCCAUUGAUGGCGAAGAAGUAACGCUAAAGGGCAGCCUAGAGGCAAUCAAGUUGACAGGAGACCCCAAUGUACCACGAGGAGAAAUCUCCUUUGCAGCAGAUGACCUCGGCCCUGACGGCCUGGUCCGUAUUGCUGAUGAAGGCCUUUUCCAGGGCGCCAGGAUUGUGCGCAGCCGAGGCCAUGUGGCAGGCCUUGGCUUCCGUGAUGAUACCUUCAUUUCGUCACAGCUGAUCUUACUCUCAACGGAUUGUGUGGCUCACUAUUGGGAAACCAUGGGUCACAUCUCUUAUUAUCGUCGACUUGAUGUUGACACUUUGCUUCAAACGUGAGGCAGAGACUUGACGAAAUGUUACGUGUGAACGGUUCAUGUCAUUUACCUACUUCGCUCAAAUCUUCGUGAUCAAUGGAUCUCCGGAAAUUCAUUUCUGUGGUGCUGUACGCUCAGAACAAUAUCGGCUUUUCCAACGACAUGAGCCCGAGCUGGGCCGCUCGACCAAGUAAUCAACCUUUCGCUGACAGGAACCCACUAUCUUCCGAGGGGACAACUCA